AGUGAAUUUUGUUGUGAGCCUGAGCGCGUCACGUGACCAUCCUGUCCGCUGCUGGUUGAGUGAAGCGUGUUAGCAGAUUUUUCUAUUUUGUACAUACAGAGUUUUGUAUAUACUGUAUAUGAUGAGCUCACUGGGCAGUGACAAGGCCCGGGGCCCUCGGGAAAAAGUGUUGCCUGUUGUUUCUCACACAUCUCAACAACCACAGAAACAGGUACAGGCUACAGCUGAGCAGAUCCGGCUUGCCCAGAUGAUCUAUGACAAGAAUGAUGGUGACUUUGAGGACAAAGUUAACCAGCUGAUGGAGGUGACUGGAAAGAAUCAAGAUGAGUGCAUGGUCGCACUCCAUGAUUGCAACGAGGAUGUUAGUAGAGCCAUUAACUUCCUCCUGGAGAGCACAUCGGACAUGACUUCAUGGGAAACUGUAGGGAGAAAGAAGCCGCUGGUGAAAGAGGGUCCAUCAGAAAGCAAGGAGAACAAGGAGAACAGGGAGAAGAAAGGCGAGAGGGAGGGUAGCAAGGGUCGGACAUCUGCCAAUCGCAAGGGCAAGGGAGCCAGUCGCAACCGGCAGGUACACCCUGAGGAGAAUGGUGUGGAGGUAACAUCUGUGGACAGAGGCUCUGAACGAGGUCGAAGGGCCAAAGGUGGUCGAGGAUCUGGAGGUAGAGGCCGAGGCAGAGCACCAGCAGGGAGCAGGUUCUCAGCCCAGGGCAUGGGUACCUUCAAUCCAGCGGAUUAUACUUCAGAGGCUAGGACAGGGACCACACAAACUGAGGUGUGGCACACUGCGGCCAACAGCAGCACAGAUGGGACAGUUGCUUGGAGAAAUACCUUGGAAGAUCUGGCAGCUGAGGAGUGGAGUGAGGAUAUCAGUCUCUCAGAAACCAAAGUGUUCACUCCCUCAUGUGUACCACCGGUUGAGAACCACAAUGCAUCAGGGCGAAGUCUAGACCUUGCUUCUCUGCUGCAGAAGCCUGUGAUUGGAGGAAGAGAGACACCUUCAUCUUCUUCCCCUCAGAGUCUGGUGUUUACCAACUCCCACCAGCCACAGCAACAGCAGACGCCCCUGAGCCGCAACACCUCCAGUAGCACAAGCUACGCACAUGCUGCACUGUCAUCAGUUCUGGGAGCUGGUUUUGGUGACCUUGGUCAGGCCAAGAGAAAUCAACCCAGUGCUGGAGCUCAGAUACUGGAACAACUAAAAGGUCCUGGUUUGGGUCCAUUGCCCUCAUCCCAGACUGCCCCUGCUGUCAGCACCCAAGGAAACAGCACCUCAGUUGGCCGUUUGACGGGCCUGGGAGCACCUGUACCUCCUUCAUCUUCCUCAAGCUGGGAUAUGAAGGCUUCUGAAUCCAGCGGCACUUUGCUGUCCUCACAGUUUAGCCGUGAGUUUGCUCUGCAGCCAGAGCCUUCUCUUGUGUUGAGCCAGUUGGUCCAGAGGCACCCUGGACCUUCUUCACCUCUGGCAGGUCAGCCUAGCCCUCCAUCUCAACAACCACCCUGUACUUCAGCCUCUCCUGCUCCACUGCAUAGCACCACGCCAGCGCAGGCAGGUCCAGUGGUGGCUGCUGGUGUUGUUAAGCCUCCUGUCCUGAGCACAGGGCUGGACCCUCAGGGCAGCAGCACGCCACAGCAGCAGCGGGCACAACUCAAGGGCCAGAAACGAAGAAUACCUCCCACAUCGAAGAUCCCGUCCACAGCGGUAGAGAUGCCAGGCUCAGCGGAUGUCCCUGGUCUGAACCUCCAGUUUGGAGCCCUAGAUUUUGGAUCAGAGUCACCAUUGCGCGAGUUUGGUGUUGUGGAUAACUGCAUAAGUGGGGCAUCCAGGGAGUCCACACCGGUUCCAGCACCACCAGGACCAGGGGCACAGAGCCAGACAAGCUUGUACUCCAAACCACUUAAUGAGUCAUUGGGCAGCCCUAUAUCUGUUCCUCUGCCUCAGUCUUCAUCUGAGCCAGUAUAUCACUCUUCUUCAACGGCACUGCCGAGCCUCACCCCCUCCUUAGGCACUGUCAGCUCCACCAGUACACUCUCCUCUAUAGCCACCUCUUUCACCUCCUCCUCCUCCUCUCUACCCUCUUCUUCUCCUUUUACCACAGUGGGGGGGAGUUAUGAUGGGACAAUGCCCCCUCACUCACGGCUGGGCCUUUUCCCAAAGCAAAGAAUCCCGGGGCCCAUCACUAAUGGGCUGAAUGGUGUAAGGACAUCUGCUGCUCUAGACACAUCGUCAUCGUCCACACCAAAGCCAGAAUCACCAUCUGUGAACAUAAACACGAACGGUAUUGCAGCACCCUCGUCCCAUCUGCCGUCCACACUGCCUUCACACAGUUCCACCACGCUGCCCAACCUGACACAGGAUCUGCCCUGUGCCAGCCAGCUCAGCUCACUGAACAGCCAUCCCAGCAGUCAUUCCUCAGUUUCUGCUCUGGGCUCCAGCUCUCUAACUUACACCAGUGUUGACAGCAGCAGUGUGAACUCUUUGGCUCCCUCCUCUGGCUCUUACACAUCAUCGCAGCCCUCCACCUCACUCCUCACCCACAACAGCAGCAACAGUAGCAGUCGCAUCAGCCACCUGCCCAGCAUGCCCAACAUGGGCAACAGCAUGAGCAGCACAGUCAGCGGUAUUGCUGGCACAAGUGGAUUGCACUCUGCCGCUACCAGCACAGCGCUGGGACUUGGCUCCAAUGGAGCUACUGCCACAUCCAACCUCUCAGCACCUCGGACCACAGCGCUGCUCUCCUCCUCCGCUGGUAAAGUUCCUCCUAACUUGUCACAAGGCGUUCCUCCGCUGUUGCCGAACCAGUAUAUCAUGGGUCCAGGGGGACUGCUCCCAGCAUACCCACAGAUCUAUGGCUAUGAGGACCUGCAUAUGCUCCAGUCAAGACUGCCAAUGCCCUCUUUGCAGGACUACUAUGGAAUCACAUUCCCUGGACCCACAGCUGCUCUCUCUGGCAGAGACGGGGGUCUCACUAACAAUCCCUACUCAGGUGAAGUCGCAAAAUUUGCCAGGAAUGACUCCACCUCCCCCACACCCCCCACGAGUUUGGCAACCCCACAGGCACCACAGGGUCAAAGCCAAGGACAGAGCCAGGCCCAACCUCAGCCUCCUCAAGCCCAGCCGCAGCCCCAGGGCCAGCUGCAGCACCACGGCAGUCAGCAGGCCUUUCUGCCUCCGGGCUACAGCUACACAGGCCUGCCUUACUACCCUGGUAUGCCUGGUGCUGUACCCAGUGCCGCUGCCUUCCAGUACGGCCCCACCAUGUUUGUUCCUCCUGGGGGCCCGGGACCAGCCUCGGCCAAGCAGCACAGCAUGGGUCUUGGCCUAGGUAACCCGUCAGCGAGCCCGUUCCAGCAGCAGACGCAGCAGCAGCCCAGUGGUUACGGCCAGCACACCUUCAGCUCAGGGUACGAGGAGCUGACAGCAGGGCCACCAGGAGUGGACUACACGAAAGGCUACAAUUCCUCAACAGUUCCACAAGCCAAAUCCGCUGCUGCAGGGCCUGGAAAAGGUGUCUCUGUAACGUCCAGUAACUCCGGCGUGCCAGAUAUCAGUGGAAGUGUUUACAAUAAGACCCAGUCCUUUGAUAAGCAAGGUUUCCCUGCUGGGACUCCGCCUCCUUUCAGUUUGCCAUCAGCACUAGGGGGUCCAGGGCCUCUGAACCCUGGAGCAGCACCCGGAGGUUAUGCACCGGCCCCCUUCCUCCACAUCCUGCCUCACCAGCAACCACACUCACAGCUGCUGCACCACCAUCUAGCUCAGGAUGGGCAGGGUGGUCCCGGUCAGCGCGGCCAGUCCAACAGCAUGCAGCAGAAGACUCAAGUCAACAAGUCCAGCUAUGGUAGCUCCCCCUACUGGGCCAACUGACGUAGCUCCGCCUGUGUGCGUGUGCAUGGACCAACCAUCACACUUACUUGCACCUGCUCUGACUGACCACAUUUUAGAGAAACAUUUUUCAACACACUAGCACCUCUCCCCUUGGCUCUGUAUAUCCCCUUUUCAAAUUUAUGGCUGUUGUAUGUAAAAUAUAUUUAUGUAUGUAUUUAUACAGUAUAUAUGUAUUGGUAGAAUAUGUGGUUUUCUGAUUUUUUUUAUUAUUAUUAUUUUGAAGGACAUUUAAUUUGAAAAAAGUGGGAAGCUGAGAAAGCUCAAUCAUGGAGAUGAAGUUGGUGAAUAUACUUGAACACAAGCAUCAUGUGAUGUGGAUUUUUAUUUUUUUGACAAACAUGAACUGGCAAUGGUGUACAAAGAUUCUACACAUCAUUUUCACUGCAAAGGCCUUUUUUCAUUUUCGAAGAAAAAAUUUUGUAACUCUGGCCUCCCACAUCUGUGAAUCUUAUAUUUGGGGGGGACAUGAGGCGAUAGCUUGUUUUUUUUAUUUUUGCUGUUUCCAUGUGUUCUCAUUCUUUAAAUCCAUGGCUGGUGUGACCAGCCAAACCUCAGAUUUAACUUCAUGACUUUAACAUUGCUUUCAACCUUAUUGUUAAAAUUAAACAUCUGAACAUUUUGUAUGAA